GGGUGGGCGGGAGCGAGAGGGAAACGCCGAGCCACAUCCAUGAAGGAAAUGACAGCGUGAGGCAGGCGAGGCAAGGCAGCCCUAGCCAGCCAGCCGCCGCCAAGGGGAAGCCUGCCGGGGCUCGUCGAUGCCAGCCCGGAGUCCGAACGGAUCCCUGAGGUGGCCAAGCCCCGCCAGCCAGACGAGCGGGAAGCAACCUCGGGCACCGCAUCUUGGGCACAAACAAGCGGGAGAGGCGCGCUCCGGGCUGCUGCCGCGGAAUGACUGACUGACUGACGCGCGGACUGAGUGCCGGAGGGGCGGCAGGCAGGCAGGAAGCGGCUCCGUCAGGCAGGAGGAGCCGCCGCGCGACUUUCGGAAUACAGAUCCAUGCCAGGCUCGCCGGGGGUUUCAUGAAGCCGGGCUGUGUGUGGAUUACCUCGCCGUAAUUCCGAGCAGGGAGAGGGCGACGGGGAGCGCCCGGGGAGAGGCUAGGCGAAAGAGUCCUUCGGAGCCAGGAAUCAUGUGAGAAACACUGCUGUGGCAAGAGACACACACAGGGAGUUUUGAGGUUCACACUCUCUUUCCUCCUCACUCUCCACCGCAGGAUGGAACAGAGAAAGAUCUGGCCUCGGAUAUGGGACUCCGAAGACUCAUCGGUGGCCUUGGUGUUUCUUUGCCUGGUUUUAUUUUCAUGGAACGCCACUAGCACUCCCAUCUAUAACACCUUCCACUCUGAGAACCGUGAUUGGACUUUCAACCAUUUGACUGUCCAUCAGGCCACUGGAGCAGUCUAUGUGGGAGCCAUCAAUCGGGUUUACAAGCUGUCUGGAAACUUGACCAUCUUGGUUGCUCACAAGACAGGACCAGAGGAGGACAACAAGUCCUGCUACCCACCACUCAUAGUGCAGCCCUGCACUGAGAUCCUAACACUGACUAACAAUGUGAACAAGCUGCUGAUAAUUGAUUACACAGAAAAUAGGCUAUUGGCCUGUGGGAGCCUCUACCAAGGAGUCUGCAAGCUGCUGCGAUUGGAUGAUCUCUUCAUCCUGGUGGAACCAUCUCACAAGAAGGAGCACUAUCUUUCCAGUGUUAACAAAACUGGCACUAUGUAUGGAGUUAUAGUUCGCUCUGAGGGUGAGGAUGGGAAGCUUUUCAUUGGUACAGCAGUAGAUGGCAAGCAGGAUUACUUCCCCACUCUCUCCAGCCGGAAGCUGCCACGUGACCCAGAGUCAUCAGCUAUGUUGGAUUAUGAGCUUCACAGUGACUUUGUUUCAUCACUCAUAAAAAUCCCUUCAGACACACUGGCAUUGGUCUCACACUUUGACAUCUUUUAUAUCUAUGGAUUUUCCAGCGGCAACUUCGUCUAUUUUCUGACUGUCCAGCCAGAGACUCCUGAGGGUGUCUCCAUCAAUUCAGCUAGCGAUCUCUUCUACACAUCUCGAAUUGUGCGUCUCUGCAAGGAUGACCCCAAGUUCCACUCCUAUGUUUCUCUGCCAUUUGGUUGUGUCAAAGGUGAUGUGGAAUAUCGUCUCCUACAGGCAGCCUACCUUUCCAAGCCCGGGGAGGUGCUGGCCAGGUCCCUCAAUAUCACUGCCCAGGAUGAUGUCCUUUUUGCCAUUUUCUCCAAGGGACAAAAACAAUAUCACCAGCCCCCUGAUGACUCAGCUCUUUGCAUCUUUCCCAUCCGUGCUAUCAAUGCCCAAAUUAAGGAGCGCUUACAGUCUUGCUACCAAGGGGAAGGCAACUUGGAACUCAACUGGCUGCUUGGGAAAGACGUUCAGUGUACCAAGGCGCCAGUCCCAAUAGAUGACAACUUCUGUGGAUUGGACAUUAACCAGCCACUGGGAGGUUCCAUACCAGUAGAAGGGGUGACUCUUUACACAUCCAGCCGUGAUCGGAUGACUUCUGUCACUUCAUAUGUCUACAAUGGCUACAGUGUGGUGUUCGUGGGCACCAAGAGUGGCAAGCUGAAGAAGAUCCGAGCAGAUGGGCCUCCUCAUGGUGGCAUUCAGUAUGAAAUGGUGCCAGUUUUCAAGGACGGGAGUCAUAUCCUUCGUGACAUGGCCUUCUCCACAGAUCAUAAUUACCUCUAUGUCAUGUCAGAAAGACAGGUGUCUCAGGUUCCCGUUGAAUCAUGUGAACAGUACACAACCUGUGGAGAAUGUCUGAGUUCAGGAGACCCUCACUGUGGUUGGUGUGCUCUGCACCAUACGUGUUCCCGGAGGGACAAGUGUGAGAGGGCAGAUGAACCAUAUCGAUUUGCAGCCAGCAUCAAGCAAUGCAUGAGCAUCAUUGUGCAACCCAGCAGCAUCCCAGUUUCUGAGCACAGCCUUCCGCUCAGCUUGCUGGUGAGAGACGCACCUGACCUGGCGACUGGUAUCACUUGUGUAUUUGGAAACCUCACUGAAGUUGAAGGCCAAGUUUUGGGCAACCAAAUUGUAUGCAUUUCGCCAGCAUCAAAAGAUGUUCCUGCCAUACCAGUGGACCAAGAUUGGUUUGGGAUAGAGCUGCUUCUGAAAUCCAGAGAGACAGGCAAGAUGUUUGUCAGCACAGAAUUCAAGUUCUACAACUGCAGUGCCCACCAGCUGUGCCUGUCUUGUGUGAACAGUGCUUUUCGUUGCCACUGGUGUAAAUAUCGAAACCUCUGCACUCAUGAUCCCACAACGUGUUCGUUUCAAGAGGGGAGGAUCAAUGUCUCUGAGGAUUGCCCACAGCUGUUCCGUACAGAAGAGAUUUUGAUCCCUGUUGGUGAGGUGAAGCCCAUCACCCUGAAGGCUAGAAAUUUACCUCAGCCUCAGUCCGGCCAGCGUGGCUAUGAGUGUGUCCUCAACAUCCAAGGGGUCGUCUAUCGGGUGCCUGCUCUGCGUUUCAACAGUUCAAGUGUCCAGUGCCAGAAUAGUUCUUAUCUCUAUGAUGGAAUGGACAUAAGUAACUUAGCAGUAGAUUUUGCUGUGGUUUGGAAUGGAAACUUCAUUAUUGACAACCCAGAGGAUUUGAAAGUUCACCUGUACAAAUGUGCAGCCCAGCGGGAAAGUUGUGGGUUGUGCCUGAAAGCAGAUCAGAAAUUUGAGUGUGGCUGGUGCACUGGAGAAGGGAGGUGUACUCUGCGUCAGCACUGCCCCUCUCCUAUUGGUGGAUGGGGAAGGUGGCUCGACUGGUCAAGCAGGAAUGUCAAAUGCUCCAACCCACGAAUCACUGAGAUCCUAACAGUGUCGGGCCCACCAGAGGGAGGAACCCGAGUUACAAUUCGUGGUGUUAACCUGGGCCUGGAUUUCUCCGAGAUCGCCCACAAUGUACAAGUGGCUGGUGUGGAAUGUACUCCAUUGGAGGAGCAGUACAUUAUUGCUGAACAAAUUGUGUGUGAGAUGGGACAGGCUGAGCCUGACAUCAGUUCCGGCCCUGCACUUCUCUGCAUUGGAGAGUGCAAGUCAGAAUUUGUGGCCAAGUCUGCACAGCAUUACACGUUUGUGAACCCUGCAGUGAGCACCUUGAGCCCUAGCCGUGGACCAGAGUCAGGAGGGACUAUGGUGACCAUCGCUGGCCAUUUUCUGGGGGCUGGCAGCAGUGUAUCGGUGUUGCUGGGUAACCAGACCUGCGAGUUUUAUGGGCGGUCCAUAAACGAAAUUGUGUGUGUGUCGGCACCUUCCACUCAUGGCCUUGGCUCUGUCCAUGUCUCAGUCAGUGUGGACCGGGCCCAGUUAGAGAGCAUGUUGCAGUUUGAGUACAUUGAUGACCCCAGAGUUCAACGUAUUGAUCCUGAGUGGAGCAUUGCCAGCGGCCACACACCUCUGACUGUCACAGGGUCCAACCUGGAUGUCAUACAGGAGCCCAGGAUCCGAGUGAAGUACAAUGGCAAAGAGUCUGUCAAUGUAUGCAAAGUUGUGAACUCAACCACCCUAACUUGCCUGGCUCCCUCUCUCACUCUGGAGUACCGACCUGGUUUGGAUGCUGUUGAGCGACCUGAUGAGUUUGGAUUCAUCUUUAACAAUGUUCAGUCCUUGCUGAUUUACAAUGACACCAAGUUUAUCUACUACCCAAACCCUACCUUUGAACUUCUGAGUGCCACUGGGGUGCUGGAUCAGAAGCCAGGUUCACCCAUAAUCUUGAAGGGUAAAAAUCUGUGUCCCCCUGCCACUGGUGGAGCAAAGCUGAAUUACACUGUUCUGAUUGGAGAGACUCCUUGUGCUGUCACCGUCUCUGAGACCCAGCUGCUGUGUGAGCCGCCAAAUCUGACCGGGCAACACAAAGUUAUGGUGCAUGUAGGUGGCAUCAUCUUCUCCCCUGGCUCAGUGAAUGUGAUCUCAGACAGCCUCCUCACCUUGCCAGCUAUUGUCAGCAUUGCAGCAGGAGGCAGCCUUCUUCUCAUCAUCGUCAUUAUUGUCCUCAUUGCCUACAAGCGCAAAUCUCGUGAAAACGACCUAACCCUCAAGAGGCUACAGAUGCAGAUGGACAACCUAGAGUCUCGGGUGGCACUUGAAUGCAAAGAAGCUUUUGCAGAGCUGCAGACAGACAUCAAUGAGUUAACCAGCGACCUGGACCGCUCAGGGAUCCCGUACCUUGACUAUCGCACAUAUGCCAUGAGGGUCCUCUUCCCUGGCAUAGAGGACCAUCCUGUCCUGCGUGAACUAGAGGUGCAAGGGAAUGGACAGCAGAAUGUUGAAAAGGCCUUGAAGCUAUUUGCCCACCUGAUCAAUAACAAGGUCUUUCUGCUGACAUUCAUUCGUACCCUGGAGACGCAGCGAAGUUUCUCCAUGCGUGACCGUGGCAAUGUGGCUUCCCUCAUCAUGACAGGACUUCAGGGAAAGCUAGAAUAUGCCACUGACGUCCUGAAGCAGUUGCUCUCUGAUCUGAUUGAGAAGAACCUGGAGAACAAGAAUCAUCCCAAGCUUCUCCUGCGCAGGACUGAGUCAGUGGCUGAGAAGAUGUUGACUAAUUGGUUUGCUUUCCUUCUCCACAAAUUCCUAAAGGAAUGUGCUGGAGAGCCACUCUUCAUGUUGUACUGCGCCAUCAAGCAACAGAUGGAGAAAGGCCCAAUUGAUGCCAUUACGGGGGAGGCACGUUAUUCCCUGAGUGAGGACAAGCUGAUCCGGCAGCAGAUUGAGUACAAAACUCUAAUCUUGAACUGUGUGAAUCCAGACAAUGAGAACAGUCCUGAGAUUCCUGUGAAAGUGUUGAACUGUGAUACCAUCACUCAGGUCAAAGAGAAGAUUCUGGAUGCAGUGUAUAAAAAUGUCCCAUACUCACAAAGGCCACGAGCUGUUGACAUGGACUUGGAGUGGCGGCAAGGCCGAAUAGCACGUGUGGUCCUUCAGGAUGAAGAUAUCACCACCAAGAUUGAGGGUGACUGGAAGCGGCUAAACACCUUGAUUCAUUAUCAGGUGUCUGAUCGCUCUGUAGUGGCCCUUGUUCCCAAGCAGACCUCAUCCUACAACAUUCCCGCCUCUGCCAGCAUAUCACGGACCUCAAUUAGCAGAUAUGCUUCUUUUUCCUCCUGCCCAGAUUCUACAUUUCGGUACACAGGCAGCCCAGACAGUCUCCGUUCCAGGGCUCCCAUGAUUACCCCAGACCUAGAAAGUGGGGUGAAAGUCUGGCACUUAGUCAAGAACCAUGACCACGGUGACCAGAAGGAAGGUGAUCGAGGCAGUAAGAUGGUGUCAGAGAUCUACCUGACAAGGCUGCUUGCUACAAAGGGUACGCUGCAAAAGUUUGUGGAUGACUUGUUCGAGACCUUGUUCAGCACUGUGCACCGAGGCAGCGCUCUCCCACUGGCCAUCAAAUAUAUGUUUGAUUUCUUGGAUGAGCAAGCAGAUAAGCACGGCAUCCACGACACUGACGUGAGGCACACAUGGAAGAGCAACUGCCUUCCCCUCCGUUUCUGGGUGAAUGUAAUUAAAAAUCCACAGUUCGUCUUCGACAUCCAUAAGGGAAGUAUCACAGAUGCCUGCCUCUCAGUCGUGGCCCAGACCUUUAUGGAUUCUUGCUCCACCUCAGAGCACCGUCUGGGCAAGGACUCCCCCUCCAACAAGCUGCUCUAUGCUAAGGACAUACCCAGCUAUAAAAGCUGGGUAGAGAGGUAUUAUGCAGACAUUGCAAAACUCCCAGCCAUCAGUGACCAAGAUAUGAAUGCCUACCUCGCAGAACAGUCACGCCUGCACUCUAUUGAUUUCAACAUGCUGAGUGCACUCAAUGAAAUCUAUUCCUAUGUCAGCAAAUACAGUGAGGAGAUCAUCGGGGCUCUGGAGCAGGAUGAGCAGGCGCGCAGGCAGCGCUUGGCAUACAAAGUAGAACAGCUUAUUGGUGCCAUGUCUAUGGAGAGCUGAAGAAAGGAGCAGGAACUCCUGGAACAAAGAGAUGGAAGUAGUUGCCUCAAAAACUUCUGGGAACUGAGUAAAACCAGCAAGGAGGCUGCUGGGAACACACCUACGUACUGUGACAACCUCCACAGAGGAAGAGAUGUUAGCCCAGAUAUGUAGCUCAAAAUUCGAUCAUCAGAUUUCAGUCAAAAGGACAGGAGAAAACCAGUAACAAUGGCGCAUCUAAAAAAAGAAACCGGUUGGGUUUGCCAAGAAGUUCAGUUCCUCAAGUUGUACACCUAGAAAGGUUCUGGGAAGCCUAGAUUCCUCCAUGACUGCUGCUUUGCAUGAAAGUUGUUUGAUGUAUAUUAGGAGAUAACAAAAAUGCUAUUUAAAGUUUUGUUUUGUUUUUUAAAGAAAAAGGAAAGAGAGAAGAAAAAAAAUGAAAUGUAACAAAAACCACAGUGGCCACAACAAAUAUCCCAUUGAAAAAAUUCCGCUGCAUACACUGCCCCUCCCAUCUCAUGAGAUCCCCGUUGUCUGUGGCUCAGAUGGAUGGUUCACAAGUGGAUUUUCACGCCUUUGGGAAUGUUUGAAAAACUUCAUUUAUGCCUCUGCCUGGGAACUUACAGAAAGCCCCACAAGCACAAAUUUGCACCAAACCUUUCAAAUAGUGCAGCUGGGGAAAGAAAGUCCAGCAGUCUGUAUCUGCAAGAGGCACUUAGCAGAAAUGUACCUGAGUGUAAAAGCCAUCCAAUCCUUCAGCCCACCUGUCUUGAAAUUCAUCUUCAGCUGUGUAUUUAUAGAGUACAGAUAUUUUUUUAAUACUCCUUAUUUACCAUUGGAGGGGCAUAUGAUUUUAUGAAAGUCCUUCAUUCCUCUUCUGGCAUUGACACAAACCUUCGCCCUGUUGAAGAAAUUCCUCCCUGUCUGUGUAUUUGACAACUGUGUUCCUAAGGAAUGUCCUGUCCUUUUUGAAGCUAAGGAAAUUGUGAGUGGUUUAAACUGAAACUGGUGCAUUGUGGGCUUCUGCAGGUGCAAUUUGUGUAAAAACUAAUUGGCUUUCUUAGUUGCUUGGGGUGUGGGUUGGUUAGCUUUUAGGUCGUUGUUUUCCUAGUCACUAUGUGAUUUCUUGCAGUAAAGGAAAAAAUGUUUACAGCAAGUAAUACUUGAACAGCGUAGACCUAGUGAGGCAACAUAUUUAUUGCUUUCCCACAUUGGAUUCACUGGUGCUUAUGCAAUCAGGACAAAUGGCAUUUGCAUUUUUUUUCCUCACACCAUAUGCAAGGUCAUGCAAAGGUCGAGCAUAAGACUUCUAUAUCUAGUGGGAGGGAGACAAAAGGAAAUGGCACACUCUACAUGCCUGUUAAUGGCUUUUGUCUUUGUCUUUGUCCAUGUGUCCUGUCUUGGGUUAGGUUUCUUAGCUGACCCUAACAGCCCAUUUCUUAGUGAUCAGUUGAAGGCUGGUGUCUGUGAGUUGUUGUUGUUGUUGUUGUUGUUGUUCCUUUUUUUAAAAAGAAAAAGACCAAAGCUUUCUUGUCCCUUUCGAGAGUGCCAAGUAGCAGGUGGGAUGCUGUAAAUAUUUCUCUCUGUAAUAAAUAUUGAUAUUUGUGCAGGCUGCAGCUAAGAAGGGUGACUGGGGCAAGACAAUUAGGCCUAAUGGAAGGCAGGAUUAUCGACCACACGGUUUCAGAUCCCGUGACUGGAAUCUGAGUUGGAUUUGAGAGAAGUAGAAUGGUUCCCUCAAGCGAGGUCUAUGAAGAAGCUGGUUGUGACACCAGCUUGUAUGACCAUUCUGACUGUGCCACCACCUCCCAAACUGUAUAGCAUUUUCAGCAUAAGACAAUUAAAACAGCUGCUCUUGAUGGAUUCAGUAGAUACUAUCGCCUGUCUGUUAUAGGUUGCCAGGCCACCAGUACUGUACUGGAAAACCUAAAGGUGUUUGGGGAGGAGUUGUCAUAAAGUAACCAUUUAGUAACUUUUUAUAGCUGUUUGAUGAAGUGAAUUCUCAGAAUCGGGAAAAACAAGGGAGGAAUUCAACAUUGUGCUAAGGUGAAAAUUUGCUCUCUUCCCCUUGCACACUGUUCUGGAGCGCGCGUGCACACACACACACACACACACACAGAAUCAAUUUUGGGGAGGAUAGUGGCAAGCAUGGGGAGGAGAAGGUUAAAGCCAUGUUGCACAAGUGGAUGUCAUUGUGCAGUGCUUCCACUGACAGGAGGAGUCAUUAGGUGAAUCCCCAUCCCCACCCCAAAAGCUUUUGCUCCUCACUCACUUCUAAAGCACCUAUAUAUCUAAGCUAUCUCCUGGGCCUAGCCUUGCCACAUCAGUCCAAAGCACGAUUUAGAUUUCAGAAACAGUCUGGAAGGUACUAUUAUAUGCAUGAAGGGGGCUCCGUGCUAUUAGGAAGUGGGGUGGCCCUACCCAUAACAUUGUGCACCUCCCUGGCCCCAUGUUGAACAUGAACAUCUGAAGAGGGAAAGCCUAUGUUUCUAGAGCUCUAUGUGCAUAGGCUUCCACAAGAUAUGGAAUUCUGCAUGAAUGGGUUUCCAAAUUGCAUGGAAGUGCACAGGUGUAGAGCUGUCCGCUUGUAGGCUUCCUCUCUUCAGUUGUCCCUACUCACUGGGGUCAUAGAGGCUUGCAGUCUCAGGGGAGGGACCACCUCAGCCCUCUUUCCUGUUUAUUGAGUGGAGUCCUUUCAUGAGCAGGCUCAUACAUUAUUAAGAUCCUGUUCACCAUAUGAGGAAGGAGCAACUUCUCUGGUAGAGCAGACACUUCUUGCCACUAAAUGGCUUGGGCAGCCAUGCUACUACCCCUAUUUCCCUCAGUGAGAGAGAAGGAACUGCUUCCACAGAAGGCUGAGGAUGAUUGGGUUGCACGUUAAAUUCCUUACUCUGUGAGAAUCCCCAAUUUUUACUUUCUAAUCAUUAUCCUGAAUGCUGCCAGCAAAAGGAUAAAGGAAAGGAGCAACUUGCUGCUUUAAUUAUAAUUCAUUAAAAGCUGUGCCAAGCCCACUUUCCCCCUGAUAAUUCACUUUCAUAAGUUUCCCUGGGCCCUAUUAAUAGCCUGAAAGAAAUACUAAUGACUGACCUUGUGCAAUAAGCCAAAGCCUUUGACAUUCACAGUAGCCAAAGCUUUGCAGCCAGAAAGCUCUGAUUUACAUUGACUUGGCAGGAACAGGGACCAGGAGCCAAAUGAAUGGAGGCAUCUCAGAAGGGCAGCUUGGUUUCCAGAGCGUUACCUCUGUGAGUUUGAUUGCAAGAACAGAUUUGUCUUCUCUGUUCCUGACCUUAAUUGUUAAUGUUUAACAGCCAAUUUUUGUUAAAAGAAUUUCCACUUCACCCAAUUGCAGGUACUUCACAAUUAGAUCAUGUUAGGUCUCCUUCAGUGCACUUUCAUUUUUAUUGGUUUUCACUGUUUUACAGAUGUUCUGUAUGGGUGUACCUUCAUCUUUCCAAACCGAGGCUGCAGUUUCUUGCAUAUUUAGUCAGAAGUAGAGGAAGAGGUUACUCACCCAGAGGUACCCAGAGGUACCCAGAGGUAUCUAGAAGGGGUGGGUAAUACUAGAGUUGCUGGUUUAGGUUGUGUAGCCAUCUAGUGGCAAAAUGCACAUCAAUUAUUUUGAUCCUUUUGUUGUUAGCAGGUGUCAGGCAUGCUUAUUCAGGCACUGUCUGCAAGUGCCCCCUAACUAUAAGCAUUGCUUUCUACAGUUACACUUUUCCAUUGUAUACUGAUGAUCUCCACACACAGUUUGUAAGGCUGGAAGGGAUCUCCUGUGUGGUAUCAUUUCUUCUAGUAUUUUCUGCCCUCUGGCUGGAUGAAAUUUAUCUAAAGCUGAACUGGGAAUACACGCCGUUCUCGAAUUUCUGCUCCGCAAUUAAAUAAAUAUGGAAACCAAACGGCUACCAAACAGUCCAUUUGUGACUGCUUCAUAGCCUAAUUCAUGGAUAGCUUAAGUAUUGUGGGGUAAGAUUAAAAUACUGUUUUCUUUGGACAGCAGCAGGGUUUGAGCAUUUAAAAGCCGUUGCAUUUGCCUUAGGUGACAUUCCCUAUCUAUGUCAGUGACUCCUUCCCCUGAUGUUUGAGUCCCAGCCCGCUCUGUUUCAGGUGUUUUCACAUCAAAGCCAGAGACGUCAUUUCUGGAAUUUCUGUGCCUAGCACGGCCGUUUGAAUAAUUCCAUUUAAUCUUCUAUUGAUGAGUGCUAUCCAGAGCCAUCAAAGAGCCCACUGCAAGGGAUAGUGAUGUGCUAAUCAAAUGCUUCUUUCCUUUGAAGGCCUUCAUUUUUAAAAAAUAAAAUAAAAUUCCAUCUAGUUAGCACACUUGCCUGCCCCUGCUGCAGUGGGUUGUUUUCUUCUUCUUCUCCCAGCACUAAAAUUCUGCAUCCGCUUCACUUGCCAAAGCAAUGGACCCUUCUGUCUGUAAUAGGUUCCAUGAUCAUUUAGAGUGUGGUAGAAGGGGUAAACCGCUAAAGUGCUACAGCUGUUCUGAGAAGAGCCUCUGGCUAAAUUAACAAUUUGUGUUGCAAAAAUGUUUAUUAUUUAAUUUAUUUAAAAGAGGUUUAAGUCACCUUAAAAGAUAGAAACCCUCUCAAAGUGGCUUACAAGGUAAAAUCAAAUACAGUCACAAUCUGAAAAUACAUAAUAAAAGCCAGCAGUAGUAAAACAACUACAACAACAACAACAACAACAACACCCGUCUGAGCCAAAAUUACACGUAUUGAACCAGCUAUUGAACCAUGAAACAGCCAAAGGAAAUAUCUCAUGUAAAAGCCAGGUCUGUAAUGUGCUCCAAAAAGCCUGUAACAAUUAAGUCUUCCCAGUGGCGAUGUAUACCAGCAGUGUGGGGCCACUGCAGAAGAGGCUUUCUCCUCUGUGUCUGCCAAUCUGACUACUCUCAGAGGACAGCAUGGUUAGAAGGGUGGUUGGUGAUCAUAACAUGUAGUCUGGCUGUUAUGAAUGAAGGUGGUCCUUUGGUUGACUCAGCCCCAAACUUUUUUUAAUGCUUUAAAAAUUAAAAACAGCACUUUAAAUUGGGAUCAGAAGUCCACAGGCAGCCAGUUCAGCUGUUGCCAUGUGUCACCUGAAUUGACCUCCUGGCUUCCACCAGAACUUGAUUAGUUACAUUUUGCAGUAGCUGAAGUUUCUGAACUCUCUGCAAAUGCAAUCCUACAUACCACUGAUGCAACUAGUACACAUACAGUUUCUAGAUAGGCUGCUGUGGCAACAACUACCCUAAGCUGACAGAGAGCACACCUACCCACCUCAGCCACCUAAGCUUCCCUAUUUAGUGCCUAUUUAGUGUGGACUUGGCUCUUAAGAGGGAGUGCAGCCCUAUCUAAGCUCAGUUGUAAAUCUCCUUCCAAAAUAGUCUUAUUUCCCUAACUGUCGUACCUCCAUGUUUUCCAGACUCAGUAUCAUUGUCAUGGGCUGACAUUUUAUCAAAGUGUCCUCCCAUUCCUUGCUGUUAACAAUAUUUUGGGUCAAAAGAAUGCCUGCCAGGACAGCUCAUUUCUGCCCUCUGCCAAGGUGGUAGAAGGGCUCCCAGACCCCUUUAGCAGCAGGUACCUGGCGUGCUCUGGUCCAUGGGGUCACGACGAGUCGGACCUGACUAAACGACUAAACAACAACACUUUGCUAGAAUGGUCCCACUUACUCAUUUGAGUUUACUUCAGUUUAAGUGAAAUCAUUUGUCAUCAUAUCUAGAACUGUCUCAAAAUUUCAUUAGCCCAACAAAGGGGCCAAAGUUUUGAUUAUAUGUCAUUUGUGCAUCUCAGUGCAAUGUCUCUUCUCUUAAACUUUUCCUCCCACCCAAACACAAGAGCUGCUGGUACUGUGCUUCAAUUCUCCGAGUAGCUCUGUUUGCUCACCUAAGCUGCGUAGUGUGUGGAUGGAUGGAACUCAUCUGCAACCACUCCAGUUAGAGGUAGACAACGUCAUAGGAUGCCUCCAGUGUGCAGCUAUUGCAAUAAUGGAAAGGCAUAGUGGCAUGUGUUUUGUUGCUCUUGCUUGCCAUGCUCUAGAUGUCUGUGGAACUACAGGACCUGGAUGAAGGAUUGAGAACAUCCCCAGAAGGCUCCAGUUUGAGAGAACUCUUAUUUCAACUUGCAUAAGAAUGAGAGCAGUUCCCAUUAGCAUUGCCAGGUGCUGUGACUUCCCCUUCAGCCCUCCUUUUAGGGUCCAGUAUUAUCUACAGUCACCUGUCAAUGGGAGUCAGUUCAACAGGCAAAAUGAAACAAAAAUAGCCUGACCUGAUUAAGCUUUGGGGGAGGAGAGAGAGGCUGAGUGGAGACUCAACCCUGGUGAAAAAGGACACAGCAGCAGGAGCAGUUGGAGAAGAAUAAAUAUCCAACAUGAAAGAGCCAUUUAAACUCCACUAGAGCUAGAGUUUAUCAGAUUUCAGCAUUCCAUUUGUAUUAUAAACCACAAGCCAGUAACAAUACAGAGAGAAGCUAACUGUAUAUGUUUACUUGCUAGUGAGUAGUCUGAUCUUCUAAAUAAUAAAUGUGUUUCCAGAGAUAACUUCUCUCUCUUCCCCAGUUAGUUCUGGUUCCCAUUAGCUGUUACCCAUCUGUCCAAUAUCCCAUCCAGUGAGGCCAGCAGUGGGAGCUAAGUGAAAAAUAUUCAAGAGACGUGCAUCAUUUUUCAAGAUACUAGCUGAAUUUUCCAAAACUAUCAACAAUAAACAGAUCUCCCUCCUUUUGUAUCUGUUUGUGAUGACUACCAAUCAACCUCAUACCUUGCCAGUGUAGUGCAGAUAAGGCACCUUACCUUUUUUAGACAGGGAUAUGUAUCAAGGGAUGUUACGUAACUUGAGUUCAAUGCAUUAGCCUCCCCUUAGGAGUUUCUGAAAGAAAUCGCAGCCCAUAAACCAAUGUGCUGAGGAAAGGCCACAAUCUACCGUAAAUGCAGGUCUUUCAGUUUUAGAAGAAUUUUUUUUAAAAAAAUGUUUUAAAAUUGAAACACCUUUUGAAUGUAUUUCCUUUUGAAAGACUUCAUCGGAAUUUUAAAAAUGGUUCUGUGGAAUUCCAGUAAAAUAUGUCUCUGAAUGAUUUUGUAGUGUUUUGAAAUAUUCUUGAGAUCUUCUGUGACUUUCCUUCCCCCCAAAUCCAAAUGUACAUCUUUACUUAGUAUAUAUAACUAGCAGUGUCUUACAACACUAGGAAAUGAGAAGAAGCAUGAGUCAGCCAUUCUUUCUCUUUUUGGACUUCUUAUGUCACUUGCAAAUGGGGACCUUUCCCCUCCGUUCUCUCAGGGUGAGAAGAAUGAGCUGGGAAUCAGGUCUCUCACCAGAAGAGAGAUUGCAAAAUUUCCCUUGAUACAUUACAUCAGAAGUGCAAAAAAGAAAGUGCACUCAUUCUUCCUCCUAAAGCAUGGGUAGGCAAACUAAGGGCCAGGGGCCGGAUGCAGCCCAAUCGCCUUCUAAAUCCGGCCCGCGGACGGUCUGGGAAUCAGCGUGUUUUUACACGGGUAGAAUGUGUCCUUUUAUUUAAAAGGCAUCUCUGGGUUAUUUAUGGGGCAUAGGAAUACGUUCACACACACCCCUAAAAAUAGUCUGGCCCCCCACAGGGUCUGAGGGGCAGUGGACCGGCCCCCUGCUGAUAAAGUUUGCUGACCCCUGUCCUAAAGCCAUCCUGGGAACCAUAAGCAGUGUUUCCAGACAAAUUGAGGAUACAAAUGAACUCCAGAACCCUGUGUAAUCAUUUAUGCAUCUGUAAGCCAGAGGUGGUGAACAAGUGACCAUCUAGCAGUUGUUGAACUUCAGCCCCAGCCAGCAUGGCUGAUGGUCAGAGAUGACAGGAGCGGUAGUUCAACAACCUCUGGAGGGCCACAGCUUCCACGGCCCUGCUGUAAACAAUUUUCAGAUCUGGUGACCACCAUGAAGGGAUUUCCUAAGGAAUCCAUGUAGAGAGCUCCCCCUAUAACAUUUCAAGGCUCUGUGGUACAUCUGUAUCCUUACCUCAGAUGCAGGCAGGGGGAGAAUCUGCCUAGUUGCUGUGUUCAGCUCCUAUUAGCAACAAACACAGCAUCAGGGAAUUUUGAAGAACAUAAUGCAGUUCAUCUCAUCUAGUCAUUUGAGACUGCCGUUGUUUUCAACAUAAGGAAUCAAUCAGGUCACGUAACUGAAACACAGUUUGUUUUCAAUGUGGUUAGUGCUUAGGUGUCUGUGUUUGUCUAUUGUUUUUGACCAGAAUUUCUCUUUUAUGUUGUCUGUAUUUUGCCUUCUUGUCUGUAUAUUUCCCCCCUUCACAGAUGAAAACUGAUGAGGGUCUGAGUCUGAAAAAUACAUUUAUACCAAUAAACAAGCAGAAGUGUGGACACUUUAAACCUCCCAUAUCUUUUGUCUUGUCUUGCAAGGCAGGUGGUGCUUCAGAGAAGUCAGCAACAUUUUUAAACCAACUUUUCAUAUGGUUGUUUUUUUUAAAAAAAAAAAACUUUAAAACCAUGUUGUUGGCCAAAAAUGGACACUUUUUAAAUAGGAUACUAUAAAUUUAGGGUGGGUGAGAUACCAGAAUACACUUGACAACUUGUUCAUAAGUAAAAAUGGAACAGUUUUAAUUCUCCAAAAUUUAGUACCAUUUCUGAAAAGUAAAAAUAGUUGGCAUUUCAAAAUUUGCUGUCAACUUUCUGCUUAGAUAGUAUCCCAGUGAUCUUGGAACAAGAUAGUGGAAGGUUUACAGGGACCGUACUUUGCACAAACAGUUUCUGAAAUGGUGCUUUUGUUUUGAAAUGUUCGAAACACUUUCUAGAUUUAUUGUGAGCAUGAUAUAGGUCUUGUCCAUAAGCUUUCAUUGUGCCUGACAGCAGGAUGGGGGUUAUUUACAACCAAGUAUGUUCAGACAGCACUGGUGGCCGAAUCCACCGAGCAGCUCCUACCAAGCCUUGUUAAAAUGGAUGGGGACCCUGAAGAUGCCAUGCUCGGUGGAUUCCUUUCCAGUGUUGUGCUAAAUGGAAUCUUUAUUCUCAUUUGAUGUUUCAUUCUGUAACUGCACUAAUAUCAAAAAUAAUAAUAGAGGGGACCCAAAUCUUGUGGAAUUAAUCUGGUGGGAUUUCUAAUAAUGAUCCAGUUGAGUACUGUAAGGAAGAUUUGAGGUGGCAUGAGAAAGGGCUUUUAUUUAAUUUGUCCCAUUCCUGGAACUGAAUUGCUGCAGCAGUCUGGUGAGGCUGUUGGACUGCAUAGCCUACAUGUCCCCACUCUACACUACCCUAAACAUUUUCUCAUCCUCUUCCUCCUCCUUUAUACUUGACACACUGGAGUUCUGUAUUAUAUUUUUUUUAAGAUGGUUGUCUGGUUUUUGUUGUUUUUACAAGUGUUGUGGGGGGGAAUGUAAGAAAGCUGAAGUAUUUAAAAAAAUGUUACAAGGGGAAAAAAGGUUUUUGUUAUUAUUCUAAUAUAUUAUUGUGUACCUAUUGUAAAUAUGAAACACUCCUAUUUUGCAAUCCAAGGACUCACUUUGUACUGUUGUUAUAUAUAAAUAAAGUUUACUGGAUAAAAAUAUCUGUAUCUUGUUCCUGAGUGAGCUUGGCUUGGGAUAGGUAGGAUUUACUACAGCUUGCACUUGCUAAACCAGUGAGGGAUAUUUACUUGCUGUGUUGCACCAGUAAUAAAUCAGUAA